AUGUCUGAGCAAACGGCUGUGUUCUGUGCGGAGCUUUUAUUAGAUGCGCUUAAGCAGUACCCGACGCUUUACGACAAGUCGCUGCCUCGCUACAAGGAAGCAUACAGGGCAUCUACGUUCCGCACCGCUGCAACUUGCCAGACAAAGUUUAAAAACCUCAAAGACACCUUUACAAAACUGAAAACCAAAAUCAGGGACAAAAGCAAAAGUGGGGCCGGAGCCAAGGACAUUCCCACCGUUAAGUGGAAGCAUUUUGAGGCGAUGCUCCCAAUAAUGGAGAAAGUGUACGAGGAACCCAUUGGACCUGGAGAUGUGUGGCAGCAGCUCAUCCGAGAGAAGUGGUCGUCAAGCUGCAACGACUGA